AUGGGUGUGAGACUGCAAUACUCGAGACGGGAAAACAAACAAAACACGCCACGCGUCACCCGGAAACCCGCCCUCGGGGGCCGUGCCGUGGGCCCAUCGCCGCGGUUCCCCCCCGAUCUCUCGCUCGCUCCAGGCUUCCAGGCUCAUCGGAAUUGUAAUCUGGCACCAACUCAAUCCGAACCACACACAACCUCAACCAUGGGUAGGUCUGAGGGCGACAAUGUUUCCCCGAAAGACCGGGUGCUCUCGCCCCGGCACAUCGAGGGCUUGAUCGCUGCAGGACAGUCGAUCGUCAUCAUCGACCGGAGAGUGCUUCGCAUCGACGCGUUCAUUCCGUACCAUCCCGGCGGUCAUAAACCGAUCCAGCAUCUGAUCGGGAAAGAUGCCUCGGAUGAGGUCAUGGUCUUCCAUUCGGAGGAGAUUCGAAAGCAGAUGUUCCGGUACCAAAUCGGUAGAAUUGAGGGCCGGUGGCGGAAUUUUGUACCGCCCAUUCAGGGUGGUCGGUUUCGAGCUUCUGUGGAAGAGAAAGAGAAAGAGACAGAUGAACAACAACAACAACAACAUAUCUAUUCGGACGAAAAAUUGCACAGUACCAAUCACUCCGGCAUUGAGCAAGAUGACGGUCGCCUCGACCCCAUAUCGCCCGCAGUUACCGAGCUGAACACCAAAGAGGAACAGGCCUUCCUGGACAGCGAGACAAAAAAAGAAAUCAGCCUGACCCUAACGCGCUACCCACCCCUGGACGAAGCCACGCAGGGCGAGAUUAUCGAGAAAUACCGACGCCUCUAUGACCAAAUCCAAGCCGAAGGGCUGUAUGACUGCAACUACAUGGCAUACGCGCGGGAAUUCGGACGCUGCGCCCUGAUCUUCGGGGUCAUGCUAUUCUUCCUGCACAUUGAAUGGUAUUGCACCAGCGCAGUCUUCCUGGGCUUCUUCUGGUCGCAGUUGGUAUUCUCCGCCCACGACGCAGGCCAUAUGGCCAUCACGCACAACUUCACGAUCGACAACCUCAUCGGGAUGACCAUCGCGGCGCCAAUCGGGGGCCUUUCGCUCGGGUGGUGGAAACGCACCCACAACGUGCACCACAUCGUGACCAACGCCCCCGAGCACGACCCGGAUAACCAACACCUGCCAUUCUUCGCCGUGAACCACCGCUUCAUGGGGAACAUCAUCUCGACCUACCACGAGCGCCUCCUGCCCUACGACAAGAUCGCCAAGUUCCUCGUCCCCUACCAAGCCUACCUCUACUACCCGAUCCUCGCCCUGGGCCGAUUCAACCUCUACGUCCAGUCCUGGAUCUUCCUGAUCCAGGGACAGGGCCCCCGAAAGGGCAUCGCGUGGUGGCACCGGUGGUUCGAAAUCGUCGGCAAUGUGAUAUUUUGGAUUUGGUUCGGAUACGGGCUCGUCUACCGGUCCAUUCCCAGCGCGUGGAGCCGAUUUCUCUUCGUGAUGAUCAGCCACAUGGUCACCAUGCCGCUCCAUGUGCAAUUCACCGUGUCGCAUUUCGCCAUGUCGACGAUGGAUCUGGGCCCGCAUGAGUCGUUCGCGCAGCGCAUGCUGCGCACCACCAUGGAUGUCGAUUGUCCCGAGUGGUUGGAUUUCAUCCACGGGGGCUUGCAGUUCCAGGCUAUCCAUCAUUUGUAUCCCCGCGUCCCGAGACAUAAUCUGCGGCGCACGCAGAAGCUGGUGCUGGAGUUUUGCAGGGAUGUCGGCAUUCCGUAUGCGUUGUAUGGGUUUGUCGGCGGCAAUAAGAAGGUCGUGGGGAGCUUGGCCGAGGUGAGUCGCCAGGCGGCUAUUUUGGCAAAGUGUCAGCAGACGAUUGCCGAACGGGGCGACUUGCUUCAUGGUCGUUGA